CAAUAGUUUACUUGUGAAUGGCUGCGUUGGAAUCCAGUGAGCGAACGUUCCUUUCUUCGGCAGGAGACACGGAACUUUCGGCUAGCGGGUCUAGGAUGUCAGUGUUGAACCAGAGCGGAGAAGAACAGGUGGAAUGUCCACUAUGCAUGGAGCCAUUGGAGGUGGACGAUCUCCACUUCUACCCGUGCACAUGUGGAUACCAAAUAUGCCGGUUUUGCUGGAAUCGAAUUCGGGAAGGCGAGAAUGGCCUCUGUCCGGCCUGUCGGAAGGCCUACCCGGAGAACCCGGCAGACUUCACCCCGCUCAGUCAAGAGCAGGUAGCAGCAAUAAAGACGGAGAAGAAGGCGCGCGAGCAGAAGCGGCGGAACAAGACCCUGGAGUCGCGGCGAGCGCUCGCGAACGUUCGCGUCGUGCAGAACAACCUCGUGUUUGUUGUGGGGCUGCCCGUGCGGCUCGCGGAUCCCGAGAUCCUAAAAAGACAGGAGUACUUUGGCAAAUAUGGCAAAAUUCACAAAGUAGUUAUAAACCAAAGUACAACGUAUGCAGGUUCACAGGGUCCGUCCGCGUCCGCGUACGUGACGUACGUGUCGUCGGCGGACGCCCUGCGCGCCAUCCAGGGCGUCAACAACGUCGCCCUCGACGGACGGGUGCUCAAGGGCUCGCUCGGCACCACCAAGUACUGCGCCAACUUCAUGAAGAACCAGCCCUGCCCCAAGCCCGACUGCAUGUACCUGCACGAGCUAGGUGAUCCUAAGGCGUCGUUCACCAAGGAGGAGAUGCAUGCCGGCUUGCACCAGGUGUAUGAGCGCAAGCUGCACAACCAGCUGCUCCAGCAAGGGAACAAGCCCGACGAGAAGCAUAGCGCAGGUAACUCUAGUACGAAUGCAGAAAAGAAUAGUACGAAAGAAGGUAAUCCGUCGAACUUUAUACCGACAACAGUGGUCACGUCGUCAAAUAUAAACGUAGUCAGUUCGUCUAAAUCAAAGAAAGAAUCGGUAAACGGUAGCAAUGGUAUAGAAGCGAGCAAUAGUAAUGGGGUGAAUGGAAACGGCAAGGAGGCGUGGCCCAGUCUCGGUUCAUCUCCCCCUUCAGACAGCCCCGUCGGCAAACAGUCCAGUCCCAAACCACAAGCUCAGGUAAAGUCACAAGAAAACGGCACAUCAGAAUCUUCCAGUCCCACACAAAUGCAACCCGCUCAAAAAAGCGACCACAGCGACUCCAAAACGAACAGGACCCACAAAGACAGCACAAACGGCCAACCCAAGAAGAGCAAAUCCGAAGCGAAAAACAAAAAACAUAGCAUUCAAGUUCAAGAAAGCGAACCAGAGGAAGAAUCUAAACCAAGCAUCACACAGAGCUCCGUCUUCGAAAACGACACACAAAACUAUCUUAAUAACGACUUAGACGAGCUAGAAUCAGACAGACACAGCCUUUUAGAAAACCACGAUCUACUCCACAACAGCGACCACAGCCUAUUAGAAGAUGACACACAUAAUCUACUAAACGAUGUCAAUAAUGAAAUAAUGCUGCAUAAACAGAGAGAAAUGCUCGCGGGCUUAGUUGAUAACCAUAUGAUAAACCCAAUGAAGAGUCACCUAAACGGAUACGGGCUUAUAGACAGAGAUACUAUGAGUUAUAUAGGUAAUGAUAGGCAUAGUCAAAUUAGCCAAGGUCUGAUGGAAAAGGAACUGUUGUUGAGGGAACGCAGCCGGAGCGAGAUGCUGAUGCGACAGAAUGAGAUGCUAGCGAGACAACACAUGGAGCCCAAGCAUUAUAUGCAGGGGAAUAUAGGGCUUGACUCCAAUAGUGAAUUAUUAGGUGCUAAUUAUCAUCCGAAUCCCAAUAUGCUUCCAUUCGGCAUGCGCGUCGAACACGCAUCGCCACUUCAAAAUAACAUGCAGAACAACAUGCAAAACAAUAUGCAGAAUACCAUGCAAAAUUCCAUGCAAAACAGCAUGCAUAAUAGCCUCCAGAACAGUAUGCAAAACACGAUGCAGAAUAAUCUUCAGAACAGCAUGCAGAAUAGCCUUCAGAACAUGCAAAAUAGCCUCCAGAAUAGUCUACAGAACAGUAUGCAGGGUAGCUUGCAGAACAGCUUGCAGAAUAACAUGCACUAUGUAAUGCACAAUUCACAUGCGGGCCCCGUGCCCAACGGUUUUGAAGCUCCCCAGUCUUCGAGCGAAGGGCGCUACCUGGCGGAAAACAUGGAUAAGUUCUUCAUGGACUUCCACAAGGCCCAGCAGAUGCGGCUGCUGCUGGCCCGCGCACCCGACCAUCCCCGACAGAUGGCGCUCGAGCACGAGCACAAGCAGAGAAUGAACAAUAUGAGGAUGGGCAGCGAGGCCCCGCGUGCGGCCGGCGACGGCGACGAUGACCUCGACUUCGACCCCUUCAAGGAGACGCAGAAGGCCCUCGCCGAGAUGAUGGAGACCGAGAUGAUGCAGAACACAAGCGGCGACAACAUGGAGCUGGUGCGGCGCUCGCGCCUGCCGCCGCCCGGCUUCGCGCUGCCCGCGCACCAGCAGCAUCAGCAGCAGCACCAGCACCAGCAACAACACGCGCAGCCCCAGCAUCCCAUGCAUACAGGUUUCAACAACACCAGCGCAUCGUACUCCGACUGGACCCAGAUGGACCCCGCCAUCAUGUCGACGUCGGUGAACUUCGGCAAGCCGCCGCCGCCGCCGCCGCCGCCGGGCGCGCUGCGCAGCCAGCAGCAGGAGCUGUGGGCGCGCUUCAACUCGCUCGCCGUCGCCCCGCAGACCAAGCUCCCCCCGGGCUGGGGCAAGCUCGGCUGGGGCAGCUUCGCCGCGCCGCCCCUCGGCAAUAUCCCCCUCCCGCCGGGCUUCUCCCCCGCCAAGCCCCCGCAGCACCCCGCCGAGUGCAUCGACGCCAAGUAACGGGCGAUCUCCGCGAUUUUCUAUAUUAUUCCUUUUCCGUUGGUGAUGUGAACGAUAAAUCUUUGUAUUGAGAGAGGAUAUUUUAACGAGAGAAAUAUGAUAACGAAGGAAUUUGUAAAAUAAAUUAACAUAUUUGUUUUAUUUGACGACGGUUUUUCUUUCGCGGGCCCCCGUUUUAUUUUAUCAUAUUUCUUUUUCGCGCCCGAUACGUAUAUUCGUUAUAUUAUAUAUUUACUGAAAUCGUAUCCCUGUUAUGACAGAUUAUAUUUUCUAUAUUAAAAUGAAAUGCCGAUUACUCGCUGUUCCAUUUGUACCUUAUUGAGCCAUACAACAUGAGAAUAACAUUAAAACGAACGAGAAUUCA